GGCACGCUACUAAUGCAAAGUUUGAACAAGCUGCACACACCACAGGAGAAAUUGGAUGCUCUCCUCAAGAAGUAUGCCGAACUGCUGGAGGAGCGUCGGGGGGAACAGAAGCAGCUGAGGUUCCUGCAGAAGAAGCAGGGCCACGUGGGGAAGGAGAGGGACCAGCUCCAGUGCGAGCACAGCAGAGCCAUCCUGGCCCGCAGCAAACUGGAGGGCCUCUGCAGGGAGCUCCAGAGGCACAACAAGACCCUCAAGGAGGAGACCCUAGCUCGUUGUCGUGAGGACGAGGAGAAGCGCAGGGAGAUCACCACUCACUUCCAGAGCACACUGACAGACAUCCAGGCUCAGAUCGAGCAGCACAGUAACCGCAACAACAAGCUGUGUUUGGAGAAUGCCAACCUGGCAGACAAACUCAAACACAUCAUCAGCCAGUACGAGCAGAGAGAGGAGAGCUUGGAGAAGAUCUUCAAGCACCACGACAUGCAGCAGAAACUGUCUGAUGCCAAACUGGAGCAAGCCAACGCACAGCUGCAGGAGGCUGAUGAGAAGCACAAGAGAGAGAAGGAAUACCUGCUUAGGGAGGCAAUUGACAAAACAAAGAAAUGCUACACAUUGAAGGAGCAAGAGUUGCAGUUGAAGAAAAAGCUUGUUCUGUACUCCCAGAAGUUUGAAGAGUUCCAGACUACGUUGUCUAAGAGCAACGAUGUGUAUGCCAGCUUCAAAAAUGAAAUGGAGAAGAUGACAAAGAAGAUGAAGAAACUAGACAAAGAGUCAAAUGUUUGGAAGACCAGAUUUGAGAGCACAAACAAGGCUCUCUCUGAGAUGAUUGAAGAGAGGACUCUGAAGGAGAAUGAGUAUGAGAUGUUCGUUGUGAAGAUUGACAAGCUGGAGAGGCUCUGCCGAGCACUCCAGGACGAGAGGAAGAUCCUGUACUCCAAGAUCAAAGGCAUCCGUCAAACCCCUAACGUCCCAGAGGGGACACCCAAGGACGAGACACAGGAGCAGGCCACUGAACCAGCCCACAGCCUUAUGGACAUAGUUGAGGAGCCAGAGAUGACAGAGGAGAUGUCCCGUCUGAGAGCUGAGCAGAACAGGCUGGCGGAGUUCGCCGCCUCUCUACUGGCCCCGUCAACAGGAGACAAUGAUGACGAUGACUCUGACAGCGAGGAAGAGCCAGAGUCUACAGAACCGGCUGAGGCCCAGAACAUCUCUGAACCAACACAGGCCCCAGCACAAGUACAGGUAGAGGCACCAGCAAAGGCAGAGGAACCAGCACAUGCAAAGGCACCAGCACAGGCUCCCUCACAGAUAAUAGCACCAGCACAGGCUCCAUCACAGGUAGAAGAACCAGGACAGGCUCCCUCACAGGUAGAAGCACCAGCACAGGCACCCUCACAGGUAGAAGCACCAGCACAGGCUCCCUCACAGGUAGAAGCACCAGCACAGGCUCCAGCUCAAGUAGAGGCACUAGCACAGGCUCCCUCACAGGUAGAAGCACUAGCACAGGCUCUCUCACAGGUAGAAGCACCAGCACAGGUUCCCUCACAGGUAGAAGCACCAGCACAGGCUCCCUCACAGGUAGAAGAACCAGUACCUGCUCCCUCACAGGUAGAAGAACCAGUACAGGCUCCCUCACAGGUAGAAGCACCAGCACAGGCUCCUUCACAGGUAGAAGAACCAGUACCUGCUCCCUCACAGGUAGAAGAACCAGUACAGGCUCCCUCACAGGUAGAAGCACCAGCACAGGCUCCCUCACAGGUAGAAGAACCAAUACCUGCUCCCUCACAGGUAGAAGAACCAGUACAGGCUCCCUCACAGGUAGAAGCACCAGCACAGGUUCCAGCUCAAGUAGAAGCACCAGUCCAGCCAGAGCCCCCAAAACAGCCAGAGCCCACUGCCAAGAAGCAGACACCAAAGAAGAAGAAUGCAAGGAAGACCAGCUGAACCGAUAAAUGUGUCAUUGUGUGAUCGUUAGUAGUGUGCCUGGUGUUAUGGUUGAGAUAUCUAAUCCAGCUUGGUUUGUCUAUAUACUGGUGUAUCUAAAGUCAUGGCGUGCAGUAGAAGUAUGUUUAAGUUGUAUAGCAGAUGACGACAGACAGAGAUUUACUGUUUUCUACCAUUUAGAAAUACACUGGCAUAACCAAAGAAUGGGCAGCAAGGUUAUUCAGGACAUUGCAGCCUAAAAACAUUUCAAUGCCAAAUGUGGUUUGCAAAACAGCAUCAUAAAAGCCACUGUCUUUUUUUCCCCAUCUGAACCCUAUAAUGUAACUUCAAUAAAUAUCUGAUUGAAAAUGAUGUAAA